UCCUUAGGGCAAAACUCUGUUUAUUUCAGAUUACAACCCUCUUGUUGCAGCAACUCCAGGAACACCAUGUUAUUCCGCAAACUGUUUGUUUUACCAUUUCAUUUUCGCAAUGCGUAUUCAACCCUUGUCACCAACCAUGCUUAUUCUCAGAACCUCUUUUCACACUUUGCCUCAACCAAAUUUAACAUCUCUGCGGCCGACAUCACUCUUAUGUUUAAACGGGCUCCCUCCUUGCAGAGCCUUCAAACCCUCGACAAGGUUGAGCACUUUGUUGAUAUGUUGAACAGAUACGGCUGCUCUGAAGUCCAAAUUGCUAACAUAAUGAUGAGACAGCCGCAAAUAAUCGGCACAAGUGUAGAAAGAAUAUUCGAACCCAAAAUCAAACUGCUGGAAGGUUUCGGCUUUCAAGGUGAAACUCUGGCGAAGCUUUUGGCGAGCAACCCAAGCAUCUUGGGCAUCAGCCUCGAGAACGACCUUCUUCCGAAGAUGGAGUUUUUUAAGAAUCUAUUUCAGUCCCAGGAGUUCCUUAUCAAAUCCCUUCUUAGGUACCCCUACAUUUUCACUUGUAGCCUGGAGAAGACCCUGAAGCCCUCGGUUGUUUUCUGGGAGAGAUUUGGUUUUCAGGGCACGGAGCUCUCCCCACUCAUACGGAUAGAUCCGUCCAUUCUGCAAUGCUCUUCUCUAACGCCUGCCCAAGCUGAUCUCAUUCGGGAGAUUGGCGCCGACAAAGAAAGCAGCGCGUACAAAUAUAUUGUAGUUAUAGUGAUUACUAGCCGCAUGGAAACGCUAAUGGCCAAGAUAGAGAAUCUCAAACUCUGCGGGCUCUCGGCUGAAGAAACCUGGCAAGUAUGUCGGGCUGUACCUCCAGUCCUUCGUGCCUCCAACGAAAAAAUUAGUGAAACGAUGAAGUUUGUAACUAAAGACAUGGAGUUCCCGGCAAAUUAUAUAGUGAAGCACUCCUGGUUGUUUCAGAAAAAUUUGGAGAAGUUAAUGAGGCCCAGGUUUCUAGUUUGGCAGACAAUUAAAUCCAUGAAUGGCCCGAGCCUUUCUCUUUUGGCAGUAUUGGGGAUGCCAGAGGCAAGGUUUGUUAAAAAUAUUAUUAGAGGACAUCCUGAAUCUACAACAUUGUGGACAAUUUAUGAAAAUGCCAUCUCCAAGGCCUCCAACCACACAAAGAGCUCAAUCUAAUGCUGAUUUGUAUUUUUGGGAAGGACACAGUGAGAGUCAGGACUAAAAAACCACAACAAACAUAGUGAUCCAGUCUUUAGCAGAUGGUAGGCAGGCCCUCCUCAUCAAGAUGUUCGCUUUGGGCAUUUUGCAUUUCUGGAGGUACGAUAUUCAACAACAGAAGCUACGUCCAUAUUCCCCUGACAUGCGUUUUGUGUCUGAUUGUUCUUCAAGCAAGAGGCAGGGUUUAUUCCCAGGUUUUGUGAGUAUGAGUUAUGUUACAGCCAAGGGCAGAGGAGUCUUUACGUUCUGUCCUGCACUAAGUGGCCAUCUGCAAAAUUGUAGUAAUGGAGGAUUUGCUUUACCACAACAUAAUAUUGGAAAAUGACAGGCUGAGAAAAAAGUUAUAAUGGAGAAUUUGGAGAGGAAGUGAUGUAGCCCUCUGACACUUGUGAAAUUUGGAUGUGUUUGCGGAUGUUGAUACUGUUAUCAAUAAUUUCUGAAAGAUCUCUCCUAUUCAAAUUACAAUGUAGUGAAGUUUUCUCCUAUGAGGAAAUCACCAAAAGAUUGCAUGGGCAUGGACUUUGAUAUAUAAUAUAUAUAGUGCUAUAAUACUAGAAAGAAUUAGAGACAGUCACGAUCCUAAUGAUAGGCAGGAUACAAG